AUGAACUUGCCUAUUCGAAGUGAUCUAAAAGAUUAUAUCUUUCAUUUAGAAGUUCCAUCGCCGGCUACAAAGAAAGUUGAAUCUUGUGGUGGCAAUGCUUGUCCCACGUGUGACAAGUGCCGUGAUUGGUAUCGCAGCGGCAGCCGUUGGCAGAAACGUUCUGAUGCGACUUGUUCUGGUACUACUCGUACUGAUACUGAUGGUCAUCCUGAUGGUGGUGGUUCUACUCGUACUUAUGUUUAUAAUCAUGGUCGUGCUACUGGUUGGGAUACUACUGGUACUACUUCUACUCGUGAUGAUCAUGGUGGUCGUUAUGGUCGUGGUGUUUACACUGUUACUCGUGGUACUGCUGAUACUUCCAGUGGUCAUACUGGUUUAUGCGCAUGUAUUGGUGGUGGUGGAUUUGCUUCUGAUCAUUUUGUCGUUGGUGAUAUUGAAUUUAUUUUAAUGCCAAGAUCAUUUAUGGUGGAUGGCGGUAAGGAUGAGGUUGGCAGAUGUGAUGACGUUAUGUUAGUUGGUGCACCAUGCUCUUUAAACCGUCUAAUAGUUUGUCGUAUGGUUUUUCCAAUGGGUGCCGAUUGGGAUGAUAUUGCCGAAGAAUUAAAGUGA